AUGGCCAGCUUUUCAACGGCCCAAGACCUCUUCAUCCCUCUCGGCAAGGAUGGCCAACGCAUGUCGUACCGCCUCCUCGGCCCUUCGCCUUCUUCCUCCGGCAAGAUCCCCCUCGUCAUACUCAUGGGCUUUCGCGGCACCAUGGACCAAUGGGACCCGGCUCUAAUCGACCCUCUCGCCGCCCAACGCCCCGUCAUCCUGACAGACAUCCCCGGCGUCGGCCGCUCCGAGGGCGCCGUUCCUCUUUCCAUCACUGAAUGGGCGCAGAGCGUUGUCGAUUUGCUCAUCGUCAUGAGGAUUCCUCAAGUGGACGUCUUCGGAUACUCCAUGGGCGGAUGCAAUGCCCAGAUGGUGGCGCUGAUUGCCGAAGAAUAUUCAGGAGGCAAAGUGAAGGUGAGGAGGUUGGUGUUGGCGGGGACUACACCUAGCGAUGGACCGGGGGUCAAGAGAUUCAAGGGUGAGGAGCUGGAGGCUUUCCAGAGGCUGGCGGCGGCCCAGACGGUGGAGCAGCAGAAAGAGGCGUUUAUGAAGGGCUUCUUUGGACGGUGUUCGGAAAAGAGCUGGGCGGAGGGGGAAAAGAGUUGGAAGAGGAUUGCUGGUGCGAGGAAGAAGACGAUGGGGCAGUUAGGGAAGGAAGGGUCGAAGAGGCAGGGCAUUGCGUUUGCCAAGUUCAUGGGGGAGGGUAGUUUGGAGAAGUUGAAGGGGUUGAAGAUGCCGGUGCUAAUUGCCAAUGGGUGUCAAGACUUGCUCUUGCCAACGGAAAACAGCUAUUUGAUGUACAAGACACUACCGAAUGCGUAUCUGCACCUAUACCCCGACUCUGGACACGGCUUUUUGUACCAGUACGCGGAUCACUUUUCUUCCUUGAUCAAUCUGUUUCUGGAUGGUGAGAAGUUGAGUGGCACCCUCAUCCCCAGCAAGCUAUAG